AUGCACUAUCCAGAUAAUGUGCAAGGCAAUGCGGCAGGAAAAGCCUCUCAUGAUUUGACCCUUGCCACGAAAAGUAUUUUCAACGAGCUUGAUCACAGUGAUCUUCCAGUACUGCCUGUUCACUUCUUAGAGACUCUAAGGGAAUCAGUCCCACAAUUUAAAGAGAAGGAAGGUGAUACUGAUAUCUACAGGCAGCAGGACGCCGAGGAAUGUUGGUCAUAUUUGGUUAAUACUCUCUCAGAAACUCUUUCAUCGGAACCAAGUGAUCCAGCUGCUCAACCAAUAAAGAAACUUUUUGAGAUUGAGUUUUUGAAGAGAGACUGUUAUGAAGUAAAUGGCGAUGAGACAACGGCAUUUGAAACAACGUAUAAUCUAGGGUGUCCUAUAUCUGAUGAUGUAAAAGACUUGAGAGAAGGAAUUAAGCUUCAUUUGAAUUCUGAAGUUGAAAAAAUCUUAGAUAAUGGCCAGCCUGCCCAUUAUAAAAGCAAAUUGGCUAUAAAUAAGUUGCCUUGCUAUUUAGUAAUUAAGUUCGGUCGUAUCUGUACGGAAGGGGGAGAGCAGAGAAAAAUUAAAGAUGAAGUUCCAUAUCCAUUGGAACUUAAUGUACUUGAGUUCUGCUCAGAUGAGCUCAAGCAAAAGAUCCGCUCUUGUCAACAGGGACUGAUUGGCGCAGAAAAUGCUGGGGGCACUUCACUUGAUGGUCAUGUGAUGUCAUCUACAGCCGAUAUGUGCACAGAUGGUUCUUCACCUACCAGUUUGUAUGACUUGGUAGCAUUGGUGACACAUGAUGGGGAUACCCCAAAUUCAGGACACUACGUCGCUUGGGUCAAGCAAGAGGGCGGGUAUUGGACUGACUAUGAUGAUGCGUUCGCAACUGAACACAAGGAAGAGGAUGUGUUGAAUCUAUGUGGGGGAGGGGAUGGUCCAAUGGCGUACAUGUGCCUAUACAAAGCUCGGAUGCAAUGCAAUGAUGCCGCUAUGCCCAGGGAGAGGGAGAUAUAG